CCCCCCACCCCCUCCGGUAAACAGUUUAGGACGAAGUCAAGGCCACCGCUCCACUUAGAGACUGUAUCUUUUCACGAAAUGACCCAGUGCCAUAAACUUGUCGCUUUUCUCUCCUAUAAAGAAAACUAAGAGUGCACUGAAUGCUGGGAUUCUGCGGGAACAGGGAGCUUGCGGGACGCCAUCUUUAAACCCCACAAGAAGCCAGCUACAGUCUAACACCGGGAUGAAAGAUACUGGCCCUGCAUCGCGAUAUAACUUCUGAUCGUGGGAAUUGCAUGUUUGUUUCCCGGUUAAGUAAAUAAUAAGGGGCUGUCCGGUGGAACUUUAGGGAUACGGUCAGGGGACAUCGUAAGAUCCUUGAAAUGUUAUCAAUAUCAUAGGCAGACAACAACAAUAGACGGAAAGACAACAACAACGGACUAGCUCGCUAGCGCGCUAGCAUCUAGUCAAGCGCUGCGCUGUUUCAGAUGCUAAUUACAAGCCAGCUAGCUUGGUUAGCUAGCUAACGUUAUUUCGUCUGCAAAUCUGUCCGGUUGCGCUGAAAUUUCACUGGACUGUUGCUGUUAGCGCCAGUUAGGGUCCCGGCUACAGCUAACAGCGCAAUUCUUCUCAUCGUUGUCACUUUUUUGAUCUAUUUUGGACUGGAAUUGCGUUGUGGCAUUAGCUAGCUAAAAGCUAAGUCCCGACUUCUCCCCCUCCCCAGCGGCCCGGCCGGAGAUGCGUGGAAGAUGUCGGUGUCGGGGCUGAAGGCCGAACUGAAGUUUUUGGAGUCCAUUUUUGAUCCAAACCACGAACGUUUCAGGAUCAUUGACUGGAAGCCAGACGAGCUAAGCUGCCAGUUCAAUGUAACUGGAGAAAAGCUGUUGAUUAUCCACUGUAAUAUAACGGAAUCCUAUCCAUCUACCCCACCAAUAUGGUUUGUGGACUCUGAUGAUCCAAGCUUGGCACAAGUUUUGGAGCGAUUGGAAGAUGUGAGAAAAGGCAGCACCCUGCUUUUGCAGCAGCUGAAGAAGCUAAUUUGUGACCUUUGCCGACUGUACAACCUUCCCCAACACCCAGAUGUGGAGAUGCUGGACCAGCCACUGCCUGCAGGCCCUGUAGGACAAGACCGAAAGCAUGGAACAGACGAGGUCACAUCCGAGGAAGAAGAGGAGGAGGAGAUGGGGGAGGACAUAGAGGACCUGGACCACUAUGAAAUGAAAGAAGAGGAGCCUGUGGAUGGGAAGAAGUCAGAGGAUGAUGGUAUCGAGAAAGAGAAUCUGGCUAUUCUCGAGAAGAUCCGCAAGAACCAGAGGCAGGACCACUUGAACGUAAGUGCCCAUUCGGGCGCAGUGUCUGGUUCAGUGCAAGCCUCGGAUCGCCUGAUGAAAGAGCUUAGAGAGAUCUACAGGUCCCAGAGUUACAAGACAGGCAUCUAUUCAGUGGAGCUUGUCAAUGACAGCUUGUAUGAAUGGCACGUCAAGCUAAGGACGGUGGACCCAGAUAGCCCGUUGCACAGUGAUUUACAAGUCCUAAAGGAAAAAGAAGGAAUGGAUUACAUUUUGUUAAACUUCUCAUAUAAAGAUAAUUUUCCCUUUGAUCCACCAUUUGUGCGGGUGGUUUCGCCUGUGCUUUCUGGAGGUUAUGUUCUCGGAGGAGGUGCCCUGUGUAUGGAACUUCUCACAAAACAGGGUUGGAGCAGUGCCUAUUCCAUAGAGUCUGUUAUCAUGCAGAUCAAUGCCACUUUAGUCAAAGGAAAAGCCAGAGUGCAGUUUGGAGCCAAUAAGAACCAGUACAAUCUUGCCAGAGCACAGCAGUCCUACAAAUCCCUGGUUCAGAUCCACGAAAAGAACGGCUGGUACACACCCCCUAAGGAGGACGGCUAGAACAGACUAUUGCCAUCUCUGCACUGGGACCACAUGUCUUAAGUUUUUUUUUUUUUUUUUCUCCCCUUUUUUCAUUUUCUUGUGACCAUUUUUUUUAUUUUUUUAUUGUUCAAACCAUUUCCUUUUUCCCCUGAGAGUUUGAACCCCAGACCAAAUUCCACUUAUCCUGUAACCACCCUGAAACACAUGCACGCGCGCACACACACACACACACACACACACACACACACACACACACACACACACACACACACACACACACACACACACACACACACACACACACACACACACACACACACACACACACACGCGCGCGCGCACUCACACCUUCCAUUCACAACAACUCUCAUCUGCUGCUUGGCAGGGGAUCUUCUCUCUAGGUAUGUGUCUUUUUUCACAUCUGUUGUCUGAUACAAUCUCAUUUUUCUGUUGCAAGAUCAUCCCUCGCUCCUUUAAGAAUACAGUGGACUGAGUAUCGUGCAAACUCACCCUUUGAUUUUGGCGCUGAGUAUGCCAAAGUUACUGCCUGUGACUCGGGUGAAAGGUGAGGCAUGGCUUAAGCUUCCAGCAGAGGCGGUUUAGUGCCUCAGUUGCGGGACACUGCCUGUCUGGCCACAGACUGAAACUGAGAAAGGGACGUGACAUUCCCUUCGGUGAUACAGUGGUGACUGGAAUGGACAUUUAAAUACUGGCAGUGGGGAGGAGCCACUGCUUAGUUCCCCAUGGAUGGCCUCUGUAUCAUUUGUGCUCAUGUAAUAUCUGUAUAAUGCCAAGAUCCCUCCUCUGGAAUAACAUGCUUCUGAGGCUAGCUUGCUUGCAAACCUCUUAUCUUUCAAAGGUCGAAGCCCUGAGGUGGGAGGAAGCUACAGAGACUUUCAUGGCCUGGUUGGGACAGUUCUGAUGAAGAUCAGCAUCCUAUUGAUCUGUCAUCACAACAACCACCAAGUAGACCACUCCCUAGAGGCUACAGAGCGUUAUGGCUGAGCUGGCAAAAUACUGAAACAUGACCAGGCAAAGCAGGGGCAUGUUGGGAUUUAAUCACACUGUAAUGUAGUUGAUUUUAACUCCACAUGUAUACAUGUAAAUUUGUAUUUCUGCAAAAGGAUUUAAUUGUUUAUAAUGUAACCUUGUCUGGGUCUUUGGCUGGGCAGAGACUGUAUUGCUAUAUACCCUUGACCAUUAACAGCAGGGGCACUGCAACUCCUCAAGACCCAUUUAGAAUAAGAACAAGAAAACACACAUUGCUUCAUGGCUACUCUUGCAGAAGUAAAAAAGGAACACCUUAAACCACGUUCUUAUGUAAGCUUAAUGACUACUGCUGUUUUGUUCUUUUUUUUUUUUUUUUUACUUUAUUUUAUUUUACUUCUUUUUUUUUUUGAGUUGUAAUCCUUAGAUAUGUUAUCAGCAACAACGAUGAUACCAUUCCUCUUAUUUGAUGGAAACUCAUACUAUGAAGGCUGUAACAAAAACGGCAUAGACACAGCUGUUACUGGCAUUGCAGAGAUUUUGACUAUUCAUAUCUAAUUACUGAAACUUGAUGAACCUCAGUAAGGCUAUGCAGUGAAGAGACAGUUGUGUGGAGUUCUGAUAUGCUGAAGAAAACAAGUCUUUAACAAUAUAGUCACCUGCUUAGUUCUUGUAGCUGGUUCACAUCCCAACCACUUUGCCGAUCCUGCAAUCACAGUAGUCUGGAAAAAGUGACCUUUACCUUUCGACAUGUCCUUGACCUCAUGGCUGUUCAAAUGCAGCCAGAGUUUCAAAUUCACAGCAAUAGCUUGGACCGUACACCUUCUGGCUUCACACCCAUGAAAACCAAUUCGAGUUCAUUCCAUUUCCAGAAUAUUUGUUCAGGUUUGAUAACUAUUUGUUCAUAUUUUCCACAGGAGGGGUCCAACCCUUCUUUCUCUCUGGUUACUGUUUAUAACCACUCUCAGCGCGGCUGCACCCUUUGGCAUGCUGAGUUUUAAAUGUAAUGUGAAUAAUAUGCAGGAAAACUGUGUGGAGCAUUCCAGUUAAUGCUGUUACACAUUUGUUGUAGGUGUUCGUUGUAUGGGUAUUCACAUUGUUUUUAAGUAUGUUGUCCUGAAAACCAGCAUAGAAAGCUUAGUUAGCCGGAUUCAUUCAUUCCUCAAUUUUGAGAUGAUUUUUUGGAAUUUUCUCGCAAAUACUAACCUCAGUCACAACGCAGAAAUCCUCAAUGCAGGUAGCAAUGGGUAAAUAAUGUACAACAAUGUCCACAUCAAGGAUUGGUUUUACCAGCCAUUCCACUUGAACCCCAGGGUUGUCGUCAGGUUCAGAAACUGACGGCAAGACUUUGUUGACACAUAGCUUUUUCACCACAAGCAAAAUCUCAACUAACUACAGAUCAUCGGCAUGGUUGUUAGGUGUCGUGGUGCCAUUGGUGUCGUGUUCACUUUCAUUCCAGUCACACUCUGUCGAGCCCACCUCUGCAUUCUCUGGAGACGCAAACUCAGGAAUACAUACUGCACACUUGACUUUGCAAGGGAUUGCUUCACAAUAUCGUCAUAACAUGCAAGAUUAAAUGUGUCAAUUUUUUUUUCUCUGUGGGGGGAGGGGUGGGAGGACAGUUUUGAAAUAGCUCCCCCUUUUUAUCAGUAGUCAUUGCAGUGUGUUUGGCUUUUGGAUUGCACACACAGACUUUAUUUUAAUUUUCUGAAUAUUUGUAAGGCUGAUGAAUCCACAUUUGAUUGACUUGUAUUGUUAAGCAAGUUUUGGAGAGAUCAUGACACAUGAUAUGAGAUGCAAGGUUUGGCUCCCACCUCUGAGUUGUCUUGCUCUUUACAAGUGGGUUAAGAGCACUUGUUUACCCUGUCUCUUUGAUAUUGCUGUCUUUUGCAUGUCAAUAUAUCAAUGAGUGUUUUUCCCAAGCUACUGAAGACAAUGGGUGGUUGGGUGGGUUGAUAACAAGACUAGAUGUAUCAAUUUUUUCCUUUACUCCUUUAUAGUUGUUUGGCUACAUCAGGGUGCAGGGUUAUUUCUCCCCUGGGCAUAUUGUUUAGUGAGCCAAGUCAGAUACCAUCUGAGAUACAUUCUACCUGUCUGGAUCACAUUUUAAAGAUGCAGGAUUCACCAUAGUAGCAGUUCAGAUUCUCGUGUCAUCAGGACAAUUGCAGGCUUACGUUUCUAGCCUGGCACAAAGAACAGUUUCACACGAUGUCCUCUUGUAUGUUGUGCAGUGAAUAACCGCUUCUCUUUCACCAAUUUAGGUUGUCAGACUAACAAAACCUCUUCAGCGUUUGGCAAGCAACAUAUUGGUUUGAGAUCUGAACUAGCCUGAUUCUGGGUUCUUUACCUUGCUUCAUUCUGCGGUGGCCGGGUUAUAAAGUUAUGCACUGUUAGCAUGCUUUGGUUUUGUUUAUUUUCUUUAUUUUUUUUCUUUUUUUUUCCAUUGCAAGGGUGAUUUCAACCAUGUACAGUAAUUUGUAAACUUGCAUCAAGUUUAUGAAUAAAGAAUUUUAUGAAGUAUC